AACAUUAUCACCAUUGUUGUUUCAUUUUGUCUUUCCCUGCAAAUGCAAGGAUCAUUUUCUUUGAGAAUUUUAUAAAGUUCUCAGAGAAGAGGAUCCACCAUGACGGUGAAGUUGAUCCUUUUUGCCGUUGCCGGCAUUGCCGUGAUGGCAGCUGUGAUUGGCCUUGUCGGCACUGAUGUUGUCCAUCACAAAUUAUACCCGGAGGACCGCGAAAAGGACCCCUUGGCCACGACCACCAAGCCCGUCGCAACCAUUUGUUCACACACUGAUUACAAGGAAACAUGUGUGAGCAGUCUUACCAACAUGGCGAAUAACCAGAGCGCGACGCCUAAGGAUUUUAUAGUGGCAGCCAUUCAGAGCACUCUUCAAGAAGUGAAAACGGCUAUGGAGAAAUCAGGAACAAUUGCGAAAAGUGUGACUGACAAAAGCCAGAAAAUGGCUGUUGAUCAGUGCAAAGAUUUGCUGAGGUUCGCGGUUGAUGAGCUCCAGGAUACUUUAUCCACGAUUGAUAAGAGCGAUAUUCAUUCCAUGUCUGAUAAGAAAGACGAGCUCAUGAACUGGCUCAGCGCGGUUGUUUCAUACCACGCCACUUGUUUGGAUGGUUGUGAAAUUAAUCCUGAUCUCAAGGAAUCCAUGUCGAAUGACCUUAUGAAUGCCACUCAACUCACCAGCAAUGCGCUUGCCAUUGCCUCGACGAUGUCUGACAUUCUCAAGUCCUUUGACAUUCCUGAGAAGAAUGUGACUUCUCGACGCCUUCUGAACACCAAUAACGGCUACCCUGAGUGGCUUUCUGCUGCUGAUAGGAAGUUGUUGGCUGCUAACACCGCACAGAUUAGGCCCGACGCUGUGGUUGCUAAAGAUGGUAGCGGACAGUUUAGGACCAUUGCUGCUGCUCUUGCUGCCUAUCCUAAGAAAAGACCAGGAAGAUAUACAAUAUAUGUGAAAGCUGGAAUUUAUGAUGAGUACAUUACUGUUACCAAAGAUCAAGUAAAUGUUUUCAUGUAUGGAGAUGGACCAAGGAGAACCCUUGUUACUGGCAAAAAAUGCAAUACCCAGGGAGUUCAGACCAUGCAAACUGCAUCCUUUGCUGCGGUUGGAAACGGAUUCAUAGCAAAAUCCAUGGGAUUUCAAAACACAGCCGGACCUGAGGGACACCAAGCAGUGGCACUCAGAAGCCAGUCCGACAUGUCAGCAUUUUACAAUGUCAGGAUUGACGGAUACCAAGACACCUUGUACACACAAACACAUCGACAGUUUUACCGCAACUGUGUCAUCUCCGGUACAGUCGACUUCAUCUUUGGUGACGCCAGUGUUGUCAUCCAAAACUCCUUGAUCAUCGUCCGACAACCAAUGCCUAACCAACAAAACACAAUCACCGCCCAAGGAAAAACAGACCGUCGUGAAACCACAGGCAUUGUCAUCCAAAACUGCCGCAUAGUACCUGAACAAAAACUAUUUCCCAACAGAUUCAAGAUCCCAACAUUCCUUGGACGACCAUGGAAGCAGUUCUCUACAACAGUUAUCAUGGAAUCUUUGAUGGGUGACUUCAUCCAGCCCGCUGGAUGGAUGCCAUGGCAGGGUACUUUCGCUUUGGACACAUUGUUUUACAGGGAGUUCAACAACAGAGGACCUGGUGCCAACACUGUCCAGAGAGUUAACUGGAGGGGCUACAAAGUCAUGACUGACAGAAAUGAAGCCAUUCCAUUCACUCCUGGUCCCUUUUUGCAAGGAGAUAAGUGGAUUCAGGGCACCGGUGCACCAGUCUUUCUUGGAUUGACCAGAUGAUUCUGUCCAUAUAGGUGAUAAUGAAUUGCUGGGCAUAUAAUUUGAUUCCCAAAGUUUGUAACAAUCAUAUGAGCAGGGUCUUGCAAAAGUAUUGACACUAUAUAUGUAUUGGUGGUAUCGUAUGUGAAAAGGCAGAAGCUGACCCUUUUAAGUGGUUUUAUACAGAUCACAUCUACAUUUUUUCCGA